ACCCGGCGCAGGAAGGGGGCGGCUGCGGCUGCGGGGCCCGGGUGGCGCGGCGGGGCCGCGGGCGGGGGUAUAUGGCGGCGGUUCUGUCCGCCCUGGCUGCCAGGCUCUCCCAGUCGGCCGCGGCCAGGUCCUACGGGGUGUUCUGCAAGGGGCUGACCAGGACUCUCCUUAUCUUCUUCGACCUGGCCUGGAAGCUCCGCAUCAACUUCCCCUACCUCUACAUCGUCGCCUCCAUGAUGCUCAACGUUCGGCUGCAGGUCCACAUUGAGAUCCACUGACUUAUGACUUGGUGUGCUGCUUGCAUGGUGUGCUGCAACUAGAGUCAACUGCACCCUUCUUCAAAUGAAACCUGCUGAGAAACAGCAAAGCUACACUUGUCUUCUCUAGGACUAUGAAGAAAGAAGAUUUAAACCAGAAACGAGUAUGUGACAGUGGCUCAGGUCAUGACAAGGCAGCAGCUCAUGUAACAAAUAUACAUUCCAUCUUAAACAAUUCUCAAAAUCAUAGUAGCAGUUUACGAAAAGAAUUAUUUCAUUUUAAUACCAGGAACUGUUCUCUCUUUAAUAAUAUACAUCUGCCUUAUAUUGGUAAGGGAAUGCCUGUAAGUUUGAGUGAAUCACCAGAGGGAAACUCAUGUGCAGCUGCUCCUUGGAAGAAUUCAUUUAAUCUUCAUUUUUCUUCUGGGAAAGACAUUCUUUAUAGGGUUUCUCACUGCAUUAAUAGUACUUCAGUUAUGUGCAGGAUGGAGGAAGCUUGUAGUUUUGAUGGAGACUUUAGCUUACGCUGUCCAGGAGACAACUCCGUUUGUUUUGCACACUUCUGGCUGGGAAAUCUGUGGUAUAAUCAAAACCUGCAGUUUCUGGAAUUAGAAAGGAGCAUCAGCAAAGAAAAGGAAUUGCAGUCUGCAGGUCUUAAAGAACUGGAGCUUUGUGGACUUCCUGAUCUCUGUUCUGUUCCAGCUGCAGUAAACGAGUACUGUGUAGGACGCCCAAGCAACCAGAAACCAUGUUUUUUUCUUUGUUACUUAAACCUUGUAUCUUCAGAGCAACCACCUGGAUACAAGAAAAUGCUUUCAAAUAUAGAAUAUGUGACUAGUAAUUUUCACAUCAUACAGCUAGCAAUUUCUUUGCUAGCUUUUGCACUAGCAGGUUUCUGGUAUGCAGCAGUGAGGGUAAAAGAGUACCAAGAUUUUAAUAAUUAACUAUUUUUAACAUUAAUAGAAACUUAAUUGAUUAAAUAACAGAGACAAGGUUGCAGUAUAGAUUUGAGUGAGAAGUAGACAGCUAAAGUAAAAACUAUACUUGUUUAAUUGCUAGCAAAACUGGCCAUUGGAAGAAUUUUUUAAUUUUUUUUUUAAAGAAUAUCUGCAUCAGAGUCGAAAGGACUUCUUAACCUCAAAACUCUGUGGGACUUAUGCAGGUCUGGCAUAACUCUAGACCAGAGCCCAGUUUGACUGUGUAGCACAGACCUUUCUUUUCCCUAGGGGUUGUAUCAGCUGAGUGUUCUGGUUAGAAUUCACAACCAUUUCCAACAAAACAGGUUCUUCUGGAAUUGAAUUCCUGCCCUGAAUCCAACAGUAAUUAAUGUCAAAACACUUUGAACUGGAAAACUGUUGGGAGGGUGGUCUUCAGUACAGCAUAAUUCUCAGCAUUGUUCCUUUCCAAGGAUGGUACUGCUCUAAUUUAAACAAUAUCUCAUGAGCUUCAUUGUGCAACAAUAGACACUAUAAAAAAAAAUCUAAAAUGUUUUCUUUCCUAGAAAAAACAAUUGUUAUCAGUGAAGCACAGUAAUAAUUUCUGGGCCUGUUGACUUUGGCUUUGGGACAGACUUCUUACAAAAGGGUUUGGCAAAGAAUGAAGCAAGUAUGUUGGAAUCAAUAGACCUGCUUGUGAAUUUGCAGGAAUAGGCUCCUGUGGGCACUUAGAUGGAGAAGUUCAUUGUGUAGUAGGCCAAAGUUUGAACUCUGUGCCCAAAAUUCUCAACAGGGAGUUGGUGUAGGUGGACUUCAUGUGUGUUCUGUGGGUUUAUCUAAAGAGGGAGGUAUUGAUCUGAUGAGUUAGGAGGUGUUCUCCACUCACCUUUCUAAGUUAAAAGUGAGAACUUAAUGCAGAGUAAAGUCAUGCCAGUGAUUCACAUACCAAAUAUCCUUUUUGCUAGUUAGUUUAAUUAAUUUUGGAAAGGGAAUAAGUGGUAGUGCAUUUUUGUUGAACUGAAUUUACCAAGAAAGCCAGUAGUUUCUAAUGUUUUUAUUUGGGUGUUAGCACACUUCUGUAGGUAAGUCUUUGGUUAUGAAGAUGAAAUGCCAGUUAAGGGAAGAAAUGCUGGAAUUUUUAAACUUUGAGUGCUGAAAGUAAGAUAUACUACUUUUUAUGUUUAAAAGAUACGUAGUGUUUUUAUUAUCCCCACUGGCUAUCCAACCCAGCCUGUUCUAUGAUUUAGAAGAUAUAAAAACCUCACUUAAUUUAGAAAGUAACUUUUUCCCUGGUGUGUACUUUUAUUGUUUAUCUUCCAGACGUUUGACUACAUGAUUACCUGUCACAAAAGUACAAAAAAUUAUUUUGAUGGCAAGAGUUUCCUCUUAGUCAAACCAUUGUUACUAUUCACUCCCAUCUCCAGUGCUGCAAUUUAGCACCCUUGCAGUGUUUAUGUUAGUAACAUGAGCAUUUGUGAAUCAAGGUUGCUGGAGUGAUGUGGAUCUGAAACCACAAACAUCAGAAACAAAGACACUUCUCCAAAUGCCUCUGGCUUAUCUGAGUUACAGUGUUAAAGCUGUUGUCUGCAUGCAGCUUGACCCCCCUCCAAAAAAAAACAACAUUUGGCAGAACUCUGAGGGUAGAGGAAUGACGGUGGGGAGGAAGAGCUGAAGCCUGUUCAAGUUGGCUUGACUGCUAAAGAAAACAAUGUGCAUCUGUGUCUUAGCCACUUUACUGGCCAUGCAAAGAGAAACUCUUUUCCUCUAUGGUGAGUUAUAGUUUGGUUUUAUUGUUUCUUUUUUUCCCUCAAAGUUGCACAAAAACACAAGUCUGCAUCCACAACUGAGUACAUGAACUUCCUAGAUACAGAAUGUAUCUGCAUGUUUUACCUGUAGCUGUUACUUGAGACCUCCUCAUCUGUUCAGCUGAACAGCAGCACAGAAGAUUCUCUGCUGUACAUCGUUUGGGAACUGUGUAUUUAGAGAACCAAAGGGGAGGAAGGGGAGAAUAAAACGUGAGAGAAAUCACUUGUAAACCAGAAUUUAUAGUUGAGAUAAGUGGGUGCCAAGGGUCUCUUUAUUGAUCAUAAUAAGCCUAUGCAGGAGGGGAAUGCUGAAUCAUGUUAGGUAUCACAGUCCAACUAAUACAGUCCUGUUUUAAGCAGAAUCAGACCUUCAGUCACUUAUUACAGGAUCACUUUAAAUACAUACACAGUACAGCUAAGUGAAAUAAUAGGUAUUUUUGUGUAUAAUAUGUAUAUUGAACGUAAGAUAUAAAGAAUGUGUCUUAAGUGAGUGGAUUUAAUCCAUUUUAAGAUAGCUUAUAUACUUUGCCUUGGAUUUUGUUGCUUAAAACCUAAAAAGUUGACUUUCUAACUUGAACAUUCCUUCUGAAAUUCAAAUAAAGGAUAGUUUGGUAUGUUAAAAUCUCAUGUAAUAUACUGCACUUUAAGCCUGGGGAGGCCAUAAAUUGAAAGCGCUGUUCUUGCACUAACAGAACCACUGGACUGGUGUCAGCAAGGCUCAGAUGGCCUUCACUGCCUGGGGAGAACACAGAACCUGAGGGAGGGCAAUCCUUUGAAGCUAUAUAUAAAUCAAACACUAGAUAGUUUAGGCCACUGUUCUUUCCCUACAAAUAUUAACUCAUCUCAAAAGAUGGGAGGUGUCUGUAUGGAGUUUGGUGGCUUCAGUAAGUUAGAUGUGGAAGGUGCUGUUUUGAGAAAUGUGCUGUUAGAGCUGAGAUGGAUGACUGUUAUAGCACAGAAGAGUGAACUUUUUAGUAGAGGUAAAGGACCUUUAUAUUGUACCAGGAGUUGCCUUAUUUCCAGUACUCUCUCAUCUUGCUCUUCUGUUUGUGUUGGAAAGAUAUUUCUAAGCAAAAUGUCAGGGUUCUAUUAAACAACUCAAACUUUCUAAAAUUUCACUGAUUUGUGUCUGGAUUGUUCCUGCACUACAUAGGAAAGAGUAAUAUUUCUGCUAUUAGAAAAUGAAGUAAGUAAGAAAAUAUUAAAUAUUUAGAGAAUUGCCUAGUACUUUCCCACAAAUGUACAUAUGAGUGGAAAUUUACUAUAUGGUGUACUGCUUGGAAAAAGAAAAUAUAUAUUUAAAUGUGUAUAUACAGAGCUCUGCAUGUAGAUCAAAAUGUGUUCUAUCACAGUAUGAUGUUGGAAUGCUUAUGCAAAUGCUUAUUUACUUUCUGACAUUACAAUGGAAAAUGCAGUAGAGUUGGUGGUGUACUUCUUGGUGUGAUACUAGCUAGUGCAAUCCUAGAAAUCAUCUGUGUGCAUCAUCAUGCACCGAGUAAGACAGUUCUAUCUGUAGACAUUUAGUCUUUGUUUUCUCAGUGUUGGGUUGGAGUUUGUGGUUUGUUGUCUUUUUUUAUUAUUAUUAUUUAUUUGGGGUUUGGUGAUCUGUUGUUUGGUUUUUUUCUCAUGCUUUUUGUUUUUUCAGAACUGUAAAGACUGCACUUUCUUAAAACUUGCCAAAGUUUUCUUUCUCCUUUUCUUGUCCCCUGUCCAUCCUUAUAGGUAUACACACUUUUAAUUUUUGGAAGAAGCAAGCCUGUAUGUACUUUCUAAAUGUAUUCUUCUUACUGUCAAUUUUUUCUGGUUUUAUGACCUGGUCUUACCUAUGUUUUCCUUCUUUUCUGUUCCAUUUCAGAAACACUCCCCUGUAAUUAUGCAUAACAAAUUGACAGAAACCAUGCAGAGAUAUAAGCAUCUGUAGUCUGUCACUAGGGUGUAUGACAAGUAUCUGACAGAGCAAGAGGUAGUCAGUAUGACAUAUUUCUGCUUUUUCCCUUCAAAACAGCUGCUUUGAUGAAAAUCUACUUCAAAUUUUUAGGACCUCUGUCAGCUGAGAAUUGCAGAAAUUGGGGCUUAUAAAAAACAUUCAGGACAGAACUCAAGAAACAAUUACACUAGCUCUUCAGUAUUCUUCAGGUUUCUAAGUCAUUUCUGUAACUUUAAGAAAAAUUCAUAUGAAUGUACUCUUUAAUGUUCUGAAGCCUUUUUCCUCAGAGUGCAUAGAAUAAAAUGUGUUCUGGUACUUGUUUCUGAGGUGCAGUCAGUAGUGAUGGGGAUGACAACACCCUUUUUAGGUUUUUUAUAAAAUACUUGUGAUGAAUCAAUCCCCUUUCAAUAUCUGACAAAGAUACCUACAAAGUUGAUUAAUCAUUAAGUAAGAGCUGCAUUUGAUAGAAAUUUAAAAUAAACAACUUUUUGCCUAUGAAAAUACUGAUAUGUAUGAUCAGCUCUCAAAUACAAGGACUGUAUUUUUCUGAAAUAUAGGUAAGACCAAUAUACUGUGUUUAAAAAAACAAUAUGGAAGUGCUAGAAUGAUGGUAACUUCACUGCCUUGCACUAAGGGUGGUCAAUCCCAUUGGUGUGUACUUUGAAACUAAUCCUGUAUUGCAUUCCAAAAAUCUCAAUUAUCCUUGUAUUUUUGAAUGGGUAAUACAAGAUUCAGACCAAAUAGGUGGUUAGGUCAUUGUUAGUAACAAAAUUGAUUUAAAAGCUAAAACAAUUUAGAAGGUGGCCUGAAGAACUUCCAGAAAGAAAAGAUCCAGUCCAUUUCACUGAUCUCCACGUAUUUAUAGUUUGUUCUGCAAAUCUCUUCCAUCUUUGUGGCAGAUCUAUAUAAAUCUGAUACCAAAACAGUAGAAACACAAACUUGUAAAAGGAUCAGUGUUCCUUAUUUUUCUGAUUGUAGUCAAUUACCAAUUUAUCAAAUAUAAAACCACCUAGAUGUAAUUCAAGCUUUUGUUUUAAAAGUAGCUAAAUAUAGUGCUUAGUGCCUGAUUCAUCACUUGAAGUUCGUAAGUGUUCCAUGGAUUUUCUUGAAAAUGGGUUCUGCUUCCUGCUGGUGACUAAUGUGAAAUGCUGACACUUAUAAUACUUGUGUGAACUGUGAUAUUACCCAUGCAGAACAAUUUUAUUCUAUGGCCUUGGUCUUUUGCCCUAAUUUAUUAUUGCAGUGUGGGAGAUGGAGAAGGCUGGCACAAGCCAUUUUUGUUUGUUCCAGAGAAAGAUGUUUACAACUUUGUUUCUUAGGAAUUUAUUGCUGGAGAAGUUUCCUUAGGAGACUUGAAACCUGUUGUCCUAAUGAUGCGAAUACAAACUUUUGAAUAAAAUAGAGCUAAGUUUCCAGAA